AUGGCUCCUACCCUCCAAAAGGAGGCCAAGGAGCUUAGAGAUGAAAGUGAUGGUAGCAAAAGUGAUCGUCAUUGCAAGAGACCUUCGAAGAAAGCAAAGGCAUUAGAGAAGGAACCAGAAAUGGUUCUUGAUGAUCUGUUAAAAUCUUUUGAUGAAAAUGUAAUUAGUGCAAAGAGCGUUGAUGAUUCUAAAACAGAGGCACCUCAUGCUAACUCGGAUGUGCAAUGCUUCUCUGAAGAUGAAAAAGUAAAUGAAGUUUCGAAAGAUGAUGAUUUUGUGGAGAUUUCUGCUGAGGAAAUCAAUGAAUCUGACAAAUCUUCUCUGCCUACUGAAGACUUGGAUGUUACUGAAAAGAUGGUGAAGAAGAAAACACACGUGAAUAACUCUGCUGAAGAACUGUCUCUUCCCCACGAAAAUGUGGAAGAAGAAACUGAAGUUGAUGGAGAUGAUGCCUUGAGCAGUGAUGAAGAAUCUUUGGAAGUGAAAGACGAUCAAGAUGAAAAUGAUCAGAUUCCACAACCGGAAAUGUAG